GGCUAUCCUGGUAACCAACCAACACCAACAACACACAGGGCACAUGAGCGCUCACAGAAUAACGGCAUUAUCAUACAGCUAAUAACACCAAAGUGUGUGUGUUACCAGUAUGACAUGCAGUGCUGAGCGAAUACACAGGUGCCAAUGGAAACGGUGAGGGAUGGUCGGCCCUCCAAAAUAUGGAAUAGGGUCAUAUGAGCACCAUCAUCUGCAGCCCCACAAUGGAUAAGGAUAGUAAGAGGUGCCAAGGAGGGAAGCUUACCUCUGCUGUGGAGGAGACUCUGGAUGAAUAUUUAAUUGCCCUCCAGCACAAAAACAGGAUCCUAAAGCGCCUUAAAGUCAAAGAUCCCAGGGAGAUAGAAUUGGAGCAACUGGAGCAGGGGUUUUCCAUUUAUCUUAACGGAGCAAACGCUGAAGCCUGCAGCAAGCAGCCCAAGCGGUCCAACCACAAGUCUCUCACCUCCCCACCUGCUUGGAGGCCUGCACACACAGCUGAUGCCUCUAGAAGUGGUGCCCACCAGCUAGCUGAGGAUAGCCGUGAUCUGGAGAAGGCCCACAAACAGAGGAGCAGCACUGCCCCAGGAAAAGUCCAGAGGAGAGAAUGGGUGCAGGAUUCUUUCAGAAUUCGAACAGAGGAAGGACCAAGUUUGCAAGUAUCCCCGGAGAAACGUUACUCUGAUGAUUUUGAGCCUAAUGAAAGCAUAGACAUGGAGAGCUCCAGCCCGCGUUCUCCCCGCAGUCCCUGCUCCCCGAGGGACACCUGCAAGGUGUCACGCUCCUUCAGCUCCAGGGCAGAGAGCCGGGGAGGCCAAGUGAAUCUGGAGCACAGUGAGAAGGUGCUGCUCAACCUUGAGGAGGUGAAGGUUUUGCGUCGGAGCCUGGAGGUUAGCAUGCAUCGGAGCAGCCGUGGCUCAGCAGGGGAGGAGUCAGAUGAGGAGUGGGUGGAGGAGCAGAUUGAGAGGGAGGAGAGCACUGAGAGUCUGGAGGAGCUGGGGCUGCCUCCCUCUUCCACCAAGACCACCUCCGUCCCCUCCCCUUCCCAUCACCACACUCGACCCAGCAGCUCCCAUAGCUUCGAUUCCACAAACCUCAUUGUGCUGGACUUCGGACCCUCACCUAAAGGUCGUAAGAUUGAGCGCUCUCUGUCCGCCAAGAGGAAAGACAGCAUUGAGACGUACAUACCCACCAAGCCCAUGUUGGUGAAAAGUAAAACAUUAGACAGGCCGCCUUCAAAGGACAGCAGGGAUGGUCAGAGGGCAAGGAGUCGGCUAGAGAGGCCCCUAUCAGCAGUCAGGAAGGCUUCCAUGGAAGAGCGGGACCCAGAGGAGAUGGUUUGCAGGGUGCAGCAGGCCAUCCAGAGAGAGAACAGCCUCCUGCGGAGCCCGGAGCCCUUCAGCCGUCCCACGGGUAGAGGACACCAGAUGAUGAAUGGUUCACUGCAUGACAGCAGCCGUGACAAGGAUGAGAACAGUGUCAACAAAGCCAUGCAGAGAAUCACACUCAUGGGCCCCAGGCAACAACAGAAACUACUUAAAGCCUUGGAGAAACUUGAAGCAAGCCCCAGCUACGACAUCCCUCCAUCUGUCAAAACGGACAACAGCAAACAGCCGAGAAAGCAAUCCUUGGCUGAGGUGACACCUGCUCUGUAUGUUACCAUGGAAAUCCUGUCAAACUGGGGGAACGCUUUGCAGGUGGGCCUGACUGAGUUGCAGUUCUUCUGCCACAAGAACAAGAAGGUGUACGUGUCGCCUCACGACCUGGACAUCAGGAACACCGACUAUCCCGGGAAUCUGGGGGCGCUUGUCAACGGCAAGACAAAGACCACCAAGGAGCGUCACAUGUGGACGUGUCCAUUUCACCCUCCCAUCCAGCUGUACUUUGUCAUCAGGAACACGGAGUACUCCUUAGACUUUGGAAUAUCCCGCAUCAAAAUCUGGAACUACAACAGAAGCCUCAAUGACCUGGACAUUGGUGCACGACAUGUAAAACUGUACCUCAACAGCACGUUGGUGUUCGAGGGCGAGCUAGAGAAGGGCUGUGGCAACCAGGUUUUUGACUACAGCACCACCAUUGACCUCCAGGCGUUUCAGGUCUGUGAAUCCUUCUCUUCUAGCCCUGUGUCUUCAGGCCACAAUCUGCGGGGUGCAAGCCCCCAGCGCCAUGAUGACAGGAAGGGUCUGGAGGGCUGCAGCACCCAGCUAGACUGCAGUUCCAGUACCCGGCCAUCAGAGGUGCGAGGCCAGGCUAGGACAGACAUGCAGCAGGACAAAUCACAUGCACCGUUGCCACCCAUCACCCCCUCACCAGCGCCAGUCUCAUCUUCCACCCUGCGCUCCUUCAUUCAGAGGAGUUCAUUUGAACUGCCUGCAUCAGAAGAACCCCUCUCUCUCAGGCAGCAGCUGGAGCAGCCAGUCCAGCUUCCAGCACCCAUGGAGCAGACAGUCACCACCCAGCCCUCCUCAUCCCGGGUGGCCCCCCAGUGGCUGCAACCCUUGAACAGGGGAGCCCCUGAGGGCAGUGAGGCCAGCAGGGAGAGGGAGAGGCCCCGCUGGUUGGUGCCUCAGCCCUCUGUGGAGCCCAAAGCCCCCACAGCCUCGUCCUCUUCAAUGCUCCCGGAGCUUCCAUGCAACCCAGGCCGGGUGUGCAGAGGGGUGGAGCGGACAGUGAAUGGGGGUCAGUGGAAAGGCGACUCUUUGGAUCUGAGCUGCGACCUGCUGGAGGAACUUGGGGAGCAAAUGCCAGACAGGCCCAUCAGUGGACGCAGGAGCUCAGUCCGAAACUCUGCGAUCACUGCCAGACAGAUGGAGGAGCAACACUUUGGAGCUGCUGCGUUCUCAAACACUGUAGCUCAUGAAGGUUCUGUGUUUGUGCAUUCCCCAGAGGUGCCAAUGUCAUUGGUAACCACAAGCAGAAGGCAGUGCACCCCUCGGGCACAGCUACACAGCCAACAGGAUGACACCCUCAUGGAGUCCUGGGACUCCCUCACCAAAUUCAACCAGUGCCAGCGUGGACGCAUCUCAAACAUGGGCUUCGAGGGUGACAUCUUUGAUGAGUUCCUACAGCGCCAAGGCCACGGCCCACCUGCAGCUCUAGUAAAUCCCUCCACAACACCCAGGAGCCCCCUUUCCCACCAGGCAGGCCUGUGUGAAGACCCUGAAGAUGAUCCAUCCACAGAGCGGGAAGAAGAGUUUGAGAUCCCGGUGCUGCCCCAGGGCCAGAGGCUGGUCAUCAACAUCCUGUCCACCUGGGGCGACCGCCACUACGUUGGCCUCAACGGUCUGGAGGUGUUCAGUUCCAGUGGAGAGCCACUCCGACCCGCCCACAUCCGUGCUGAUCCCCCAGACAUUAACAUUCUCCCAGCUUAUGGUAAGGACCCCCGCGUAGUUUCCAACUUGAUCGAUGGGGUUAACCGCACCCAGGACGACAUGCAUCUCUGGCUGGCCCCUUUCACUCCUGGUCGCAGCCAUGUCAUCUUCCUGGACUUUGGAGCUAGCCACAAGGUAGCCAUGAUCCGUGUGUGGAACUACAAUAAAUCGCGCAUCCACUCGUUCCGAGGAGUGAAGGAAGUGGAGAUGCUACUGGAUGGAAAGUGCAUCUUCAGGGGCGAGAUUGCCAAGGCCUCAGGGACACUGUCUGGAGGACUGGACCAAUUUGGGGACACGAUCCUGUUCACCACUGAUGAUGAAAUCCUGGAGGCCAUGUCUCGUUAUGAUGAAACUUUCCAAAGCGAUGGUGAGGGGCCCGAGAACCUUGUGUAUGAGGAGGAGCUGCAGAGACCCCGCACUGCUGAUGGAGAGGGAGAGGAAAGACCCUUCACACAGGCUGGCUUCAGAGAGGAAGACCUCACUCUGAAACUCCACCUCAACCCGGCUGUGAGCCAAACAGAGAACACUGAACAAAUCCCUGGGAUGUACACUGGAAAGUGCCUUAGACUUGAGCUGGUGCUGACGUGGGGUGACUCCCACUACCUGGGUCUGACAGGCUUGGAGGUGGUGGGAAAAGAGGGUGAGAGUUUACCUUUGGACCUCAGUAUGAUGGCUGCCUCGCCCAGGGACCUCAACGACCUGCCUGAUUAUGGACAUGACCCGCGCACACUUGAUAAGCUUAUAGACGGUCACAACAUCACCACAGAUGACCAGCACAUGUGGCUGAUCCCCUUCUCCUAUGGAGAGCCGCACACUUUGACUGUCACCUUCAACAAAGCCCAGACCAUUGCAGGACUCCGUAUCUGGAACUACAACAAAUCCCCAGAGGACUCGUACAGAGGGGUGAAGGUGAUUCACCUGUUCCUGGACGAUGUUGCCAUCUCCCCAGUGGAGGGUUUCCUCAUCAGGAAAGGGCCAGGCAACUGCCAUUUUGACUUUGCCCAGGAGAUCCUCUUCAUAGACUUCCUCCAGACGCCUACUGACAGCAGGAGUGCCGAGGACUUCUCACACAAAGGAGGUUCUAAGAAACAAGAGCAGGCCAGCAUGGACUAUGAAGCUCCCAUCAUGCCUUGUGGAUUUAUCUUCCAGCUGCAGCUGUUAACAACCUGGGGAGACCCUUACUACAUCGGCCUCAAUGGCCUUGAGUUCUACGACCAGAAUCACAAGAAGAUGAAUCUCAGUGACAACAACAUCGCCGCUUUCCCCGACAGCGUGAACGUACUGGACAGUGUGAACGGUGAUGUGAGGACUCCAGAUAAACUGGUAGAUGGAAUUAACAACACCCACGAUGGAAGGCACAUGUGGCUGGCCCCAGUGCUUCCUGGACUGGUGAACCGUGUGUACGUCAUAUUUGACCAGCCAGUGACCGUGUCCAUGAUCAAGCUGUGGAACUACUCCAAGACACCACAGAGAGGAGUGAAGGAGUUUGGGCUGCUCGUGGAUGACCUCCUGGUGUACAACGGCAUCUUGGACAGUGUGAGCCACGUGGUGCGAGGCAUUCUGCCUACCUGUGACCCAGUAGUGCCCUACCACACCAUCCUCUUCACUGACAACGCCUACAUCGCCCACCGUGAGAGGAACACAGUCAUCAGCCCCCGUGGCAGCAGACACCACCUACAUAAUUAUGUAGAGGACCAGGAUGUGAAGAUGACAAAUGAAAAUCAGAUCGUCCAUCACAACAAGAAGAAGCAGACAGCAGAUCCAGCUCUCCGGCCUAAAACCUGUAUGACUGACACUGGGAAGCAAGGAAAAAGGAGGUACUGACUGAUGAACUGACAAACAUGGAAACAAGUCACACCGCUCAUUAAAGGGAGGAGACUUGAAGGGGAGUGACUGUUUUAGCCCACUUUCUGGUGGGUGACCUCUGGGCCAUGAGCCUCCCUUACAAAAACAAUCCCAAAGUGCUCCAUCAGCCACUCUCCACGGUUCCAAAUUGCAGCCUGGUAGUGCAAUGCUUUUGGGUGACGAGGUCCCCACUGAAGAGGCCAGCUCUCACACAACAGAAAGGGUUUGCGCACACCCACAGGAUUCCACUUUAUGGUUGGAUUACUUCCCUGUCCCUCACCAUGUAGACACACCCACAGAUAUAUAUACAUGUUAUCCAGAACACAUAUAGUCGCCCCUGUUCUCCCUCCCACAGUGCCAGGGUAAACCUGUGAGGCUGCCGUCCGUCAGCCCUAUUAUUGUGCCUAGUUUCAAUUACUAUAUCUGUGGCUGCUACUUGUGACUUUUGUGCUGCGUACUUAAAAUGCUGCUUGUGGCGCUUAGAUACUCAAAGAGAGGCUCCAGGGCCACACGACUACACUCUCACGUCGGGAUGUGGUCCACGCUACAUUUGAGUUUUAUCCAGAUAUGAGCCUAGUCAAUUUAUGAUAGCCCCUGGCCUAAUGGCUAUGAAAACUGACUAACACACCCGCCGGUGUGCACCAAACAAAUCAGAAUGCUAUGCAGACACUAAUUUAUAUCUCUUAAUCAUUUAUAACAUAUUACAGAUAUAAUAUAUUGCAAAGCCUAAUGGUUUUAUUUGGAGCAAGUGGUUCUAAAGAGAUUUUCACCUUUAGAGGAUUUAUAUUGGUGGCUGAAGUGGUGUAAAGUACAACAGGCAGAUUUUUGUACAUUUUACCUAGAUAAAAAAUAAAGACUACAUCUGUACUAGGCAACGCUGGCUAUUCAGACUUGCUUCUUGAGUAUAUAUUUGGCACGCCUGGAUUACGUAUCACUGUUUUUUCCAAGUACAACCUUUUUUCUGCUCAGCAUCAGGUAGAAAGACUUGUUUGCUGUCCAAGUGACCUUUAUUGAAGUUGCUGUGGGGGACAGAUUUUUUGGAGACAAACAUUUCUUGAAACUGUAAAGCAGUUUCACUAACUUGAGUAGAGGGAGAAAGGGGAAAAAACUUGUUUUGUUUGGACUCUGAGUAGCUAACAGACAAUUUCUAAUAUGCAAACACUGUUAACAUACCUCAAAUGGAGAAGAAUGAUCUUCAAAAAGGGACAAAAUAUGGUUCUACCUUCACUGUAAUACCUAGUAGUUGGUGUUGUACAAACUAUAUUCUGUAUUAUUUUGUUGCAUGGGACAGACUCCUCAGCACUGGCUAAGGUGACCAACUUAAAAUGUUAGACAGUUGUGUUUUGAGAAGAUUUACUGCUUCAUUGAGCCACACUAUAACCUGUUUCAUACUGUAAGUCCUUACGUACAAUUUUAGUAAUCUAAUUGUAUAUGAAAUGCAGUUUUAUGUAUUUUAUUUCAAUAUGUCCGACAGCAACAAUAGUCAUUACUCUGUUUCGCAGUCCUGCUGUGUGUGGUGGUGGCUAUUAUUGUGUUCGACAUUCUGUGUAUAAAAUAUUUAAUUAUUUUUCUAACCUUGUUUAAAUAUGUGUAUAUUUGAUGUAGGUAUAUUUGAAUAAAUAAAAAGAAAAAGGCCUCUA